AUGCUUCCGAGUCCUGUAACUUCAACUCCAUUUUCGGUAAAGGACAUCCUCAAACUGGAACAGCAACAUACUCUUAACCCAAAUGGUUUCAUAAGCGCAGAGCAGGACACUGUACCGCUGCAGUCGCUUCAGCUUCAGUGUAUGCAGAACACAUUAAGCCGGAGUCUUGAUCUCCUCUACAGUCCAGAGAAUCACAACGUGAUUGCUGGGGAACAGGUGAAAUGUGCCUUGAAUUCAGAUGACUUUGACAUCGUCAGAGGUUCAUGUGGCUCUCCAAAGGAGGAAGAGGAGAUGGAUCCAAGCGAAGAAACAGGCAUGUGUCUAUUUGACGAUACCAGUUGUAAUCGUAAAAGCGAUCCACCAAGGGAGAAAGCAAAGCAGAGGCUGCGCAGGAAACCCAGAGUUCUCUUCUCUCAAUCUCAAGUGUUUGAGCUGGAAAGACGCUUCAAGCAGCAGAGAUACCUGUCAGCGCCCGAGCGAGACCACCUGGCUCACGUCCUGAAGCUCACUUCCACACAGGUGAAAAUAUGGUUCCAGAACCGGAGGUACAAGUGUAAGAGACAACGACAGGAUAAAACUCUAGAGCUGGCCGGCCCGCGGAGGGUGGCAGUGCCCGUGCUAGUGCGAGAUGGCAAACCGUGCCAUGGAGCUCCGUACAAUGUCACUAUUGGAUCAUAUCCCUACAAUAACUAUUACAACAGUUAUGGGAAUAACCCAUACCACUGUAACUUCACCUCUGUUCCUUCGUUUGCCAACACAAGCCAAAUACCCAACCAAUUUUCUGUGGAUAUGAAUUUCAAGACGGGAACUGUUGAUGGGAUCAGAGCUUGGUGA